CUUUCUACCACAUGUGUAUGAAUUUGCCUCCUGCUCGCUCCGACAGUCCUUACUUCUUAUACAAUACUGACAUAUGAUUCUUCGACGUUCAAAUAAGCCUGUACCUUCCUACAAUGUUUUCGAUAUAGCUUCUCUCCGAGUUGCUCUAUGAGCUUUCGAUUCUCCUCCCUUUAUAUUUCAUAACUCUCGCCGGCGAUUACUCACCAAAUAUUACCUUCAUCCACUCGUCUGGUCCCGAAGCACGUACGCAAGGGUUAUUAUCGACAUGGCACAGAUGCGCCAGCGUAAUCAUCCAGCUGCGAUUCGAAAUCGGCCCAUCACCGCCGAAUUUGCGCCUCCAACGAAAGAAGCAUCAAUGCUUUACUCCAUGCUCCCAUCUGCUGUCCAAUCCCGAUUACCCCGCCUUCCUUCACUCCGCCGCUCCGUUUCGAUGUAUGGUUUGGUGACUAGACGCAAAUCUGCAGACUCGAGACAUGCGUCUGGGGCUCGAACGCCAGAAUACGCAUCUGCGAUUGUGUUGAGUGGCGCUGCAGCUUUGAAUAACGAGGAAGACAUUGCGCGGUAUUUUGUGGAGAGCCUUUCGACUUCGAGUGAUGAGGAUAUGCUGCAGACGAGUACAGGCAAGGGAAGGCAGACAUCUAGGUUGGAGCUGACGGAGAGCAGAAGCGGGAUAGGUUGGAAGUUUGCAAAUCAAGGUCUCAAUCUGCUCAGUCUGGCCGUCGAAGAAUCCUCUGCAAUAUCCCAAGCCGCGAGAUUUGGGAACGCAAAUUUUGCGAGACAGGUCUACCUCCACGCCCUCACCUACCUUCUUCAAGGACUACCUUCGGAUAUGUCGACUGAAGAACAAUUGAGUAUUCGGGGUGCUCUACCACCCGGUGUGGUGGACCCUCUGCUUUUCAAUGUCAACCCGGGGUACAAUGCACACAUUGUCUCCCCUCCGAGCGACCAACCAUCACUCUUACAUCGUACACUUGCUUCCACGAUCGUCCAAGUUUUCAUACUCUUCCAAUUCAUACUCCCGUAUCUGAAGUACCUCCUCAGUGCUGCAUAUCAAUAUGAUCGGGAACAUAAGAUCUCGGAGAAGCUAUUCAGUCAGGGGAUCGAGACGGUGGAUUCCCUCGGUAAGACGGGGAUGAGCUUCACGAGUGCAAUUUAUGGGAUGGGGGAUGGCAAAGUGGGGAAAAUGAUUACCCAGACCGCUGCCUGGUUUUUGGAAGGCAUUACUGGUGGUAUUCAUGAGGGUGUUGGGGAGGGGAUGGUGAUUAUAGGGGCUGCUCCGAGGAGAUCACAAGGAGUAUCGACGAUGUUCAACCUCUGCAGAAGAGGCCCAGCCUCGAUUUCGAAAGCUAUUCGUGGAGCAGCUCCUAUAACACGAAUACCAUCCACGAGACCAUCAACACUAUGUCUAGCAGUCCAAAGCUCUGUGAAGCCAGCGAUUGAAGCGCGAUGGCUCCAUGUAUCGUCUACGUUGACGAAUCAGGCCGGUGCUGCAAGAAGUUCGCAGCGGUUUGCUGAAGAUGGUUCGAUCGAGCAGCCAGCAUCCUUCAGGGAGAUCACCAAGUUCCAAGAAUUGGUUGAGCAUGAUAUGGUACAUCCAAAUAUCAUCGCUGAGAUUACCAAGGGCAUGGGUCAUCAUACCAUGACGGAGGUGCAGACAAUGACAAUCAAUCAGGGUUUGCAAGGUACCGAUAUUGUUGCGCAAGCACGAACUGGUACAGGUAAAACGCUUGGCUUCCUCAUCCCGACUAUCCAGAACAUCCUCCGAAAGGAUCCUGAUCUUGCCACCCGACAGCGAUACUCCAAAGCCAGAGCCUCCGAUAUCCGAGCAAUCAUUAUUUCUCCCACUCGCGAAUUGGCGGAGCAAAUUGCUGUAGAGGCAAACAAGCUCUGCUAUAAUACAGAUUUGAGAGUUCAGGUUGCAGUUGGUGGCAAUAGCAAGAGACUAAUGCUUAGAAAGACCCAAUACGAGGGAUGCCAUUUGCUCGUGGCGACUCCUGGCAGACUGACUGAUCUCCUGUCGGACGAAUAUAGUGGGGUUCAAGCACCCAAUUUGACGACUUUGGUUCUCGAUGAGGCUGACAGACUUCUGGAUGAUGGAUUCUCCAGGGAUAUCGAGGAAAUUCUCGCCUUAUUGCCCAACCGCCAACGUGUUGAUCGCCAAACGCUCCUCUUCUCAGCGACUAUUCCCAAGGAGGUCAUGCAUCUGGUUCGACGAACAUUGAAGCCCAAUUUUCACUUUGUUCAAACGGUCAAGGAAGGUGAUCUUGCGACUCACGAGAAGGUCCCUCAGUACAUUGCUGUAACUCCGGGAAUGGAAAAUCAUAUGCCAGCUCUAUUGGAAUUAUGCAAGCGCGGAGUUGCGAAAGCAGCACAGGACGCCGAGACAUUAGGACUCGCGGCCAAACCUUUCAAAGCAAUCGUCUAUUUGUCUCAAACAACUCAAGUCCAACUUGCUCACCAAAUCUUCAAUAACCUGAAAAGCGAAGAUGGUGGAAUGUGGGGAAAGUACCCUUUGUACCCAGCUGAGAUUUCUCUGAUGCACGGCCAACUCACUCAAAUGGAGCGUACCCGAGUAUCCGAACGUUUCCGCAAAGCGAAGUCCGCAAUACUCUUCUCUACUGAUGUGACUGCUCGUGGUAUGGAUUUCCCCAAUGUCACUCACGUCAUUCAAGUUGGUCUACCUCCUAACAAGGAGCAAUACAUCCAUCGAAUCGGCAGAACAGGACGAGGAGACAAGGCUGGAGAAGGAUGGAUAAUCAUCAACCAGGCUGAGGUUAGGGAAGCACGACAAAGACUCCGUGGCUUGCCAAUUACGCCUGACAAGAGCUUGGAAGCUGCUCAACUGGAUAUGACACAAGAUGCCCAGUUGCCAAAAUCCUUAGCGAGGACCUUGAGCCAAGUCGCCGCCGCAACUAGGAUGGUCGACCGCCGCUUGAAGGAAGCGGCUUAUAUAGCCUCUUUAGGACACGUCGCGCGAAAUCCCGGACUGCUGGAAGCUCUGAAUCAGUUGACUAGAUAUGGCUGGGGUUAUGAGAAGCCUCCGCCAGUCUCUCCGCGUCUGGCACAGAAGAUGGGGCUGACAAGAGUUCAAGGAAUGAACAUUGUGGAACGUGAGCGAGACAACUUCGAUGAUUUCGGUAGCCAGUUCGGUGCGAGAGGUGGGGAAGGUCGCAGUGGAUUUGGAGAUCGAUCUGGCGGAUUCGGCGGCGACCGAAGACAGGGAGGUGGCUUUGGAGACCGCGGAGGACAAAAUGGUGGAUUUGGAAACAGAUCAAGUGGCUGGGGUGGAAGAACUGGUGGAUUCGGUGGAGACAAACGCGGAGGUGGACGUGGGGGAGCGGAAUCGAGAUUCCGCGAGGAGGCAAGCUUUUAACGAACUACCUUUUGUUGCUUGUGUACACCAGGCGGCUGACUUGAGUUGGCUCUGUUCGAUUUUUCGUUUGUGGGUGUAUAAAACGAGCAAGGAAUGUAUGAAUAGUGAGAUGGCGUUCAGGGCCGCUGGCAUCGGUUGGGUAGAUCAUUGCAGAGCGUUCUGGGUAUUUAGGCAAAGGGGUUUCUGCUAGAAGUCCUUUGUCAAACUAGCACGACAGCAAUUCAACUCUACUUUCUCCAAGGUCUGUUGACCAAGCCGCACCUCAUUUCUUCAAGGGAUGGAUGAAUCGUUCUUCGGGAUUACGUAAAGACAA